CUAGCUUAUUUUAAGAAGAAAACCAACUGGAAAAAAAAUGAAGUUCCUUCUCUUCAUAUUUGUUGGUGGUGUUCACCUUUUAUCUCUGAACUCUGGGAAAGCUAUUUAUGGAAAUGGCAACCGUCAGAGGACUUUUCAAGAAAUAAAAGAAGAAAUAGCCUGCUAUGGAGAUGUUGCUAAGGCAAUCAUCAACCUUGCUGUUUAUGGUAAAGCCCAGAACAGAUCCUAUGAGAGACUGGCACUUCUGGUUGAUACAGUUGGACCCAGACCAAGUGGCUCCAAGAACCUAGAAAAAGCCAUCCAAAUCAUGCACCAAAACCUACAGGAGGAUGGGCUGGAGAAUGUCCACCUGGAGCCUGUCAAAAUUCCCCACUGGGAAAGGGGAGAAGAAUCUGCUGUGAUGCUGGAGCCGAGAGAGCACAAGAUGGCUAUUUUGGGUCUUGGCAGCAGCAUUGGGACGCCCCCGGAAGGGAUUACAGCAGAAGUUCUGGUGGUGACCUCUUUCGAUGAACUGCAGAGAAGGGCCCCAGAAGCAAGAGGGAAGAUUGUCGUUUAUAAUCAACCUUACAGCAACUACUCGAGAACAGUGCAGUACCGCGUCCAGGGGGCUGUGGAGGCUGCCAAGGUGGGGGCUUUGGCAUCCCUCAUUCGAUCAGUGGCUUCCUUCUCCAUCUACAGUCCUCACACAGGCAUUCAGGAAUACCAGGAUGGCGUGCCAAAGAUCCCAACAGCUUGUAUUACAGUGGAAGAUGCGGAGAUGAUGUCAAGAAUGGCUUCUCGUGGGAACAGAAUUGUCAUUCACCUGAAGAUGGGAGCAAGGAACUACCCAGACGCUGAUUCCUUCAACACCGUAGCAGAGAUCAUUGGGAGCAAGUAUCCAGAGCAGGUCGUACUGGUCAGUGGACAUCUGGACAGCUGGGACGUCGGGCAGGGUGCCAUGGAUGAUGGUGGUGGAGCCUUUAUAUCAUGGGAAGCACUCUCGCUUAUUAAAGAUCUUGGGCACUUGACUAUGAAGGAAAAGAAACUGCCAUCUGGUGGCUGGAGGCUCUUUAAAAACAGAGCCUGCAGGAUCAUUUGGUCCCUGAGUUGCAUAAAGGAUGUGAGGACCAGGAAAAGUUGGCUGCGUCCAAAGAGGACUCUGCGUUUGGUGCUCUGGACUGCAGAAGAGCAAGGUGGAAUCGGUGCUUUCCAGUAUUACCAAUUACACAAGGCAAAUAUUUCCAACUACAGCCUCGUGAUGGAGUCUGACCUGGGAACCUUCUUACCCUCUGGGCUGCAGUUCACGGGCAGUGAAAAGGCCAGGGCCAUCAUGGAGGAGAUCAUGAACCUGCUACGGCCCAUCAACAUCACACAGGUCUUUGAGGCUGGAGAAGGGACAGACAUUAACUUCUGGAUCCAAGCUGGAGUGCCUGGAGCCAGUCUACUUGAUGACCUGUAUAAGUAUUUCUCUUUCCAUCACUCCCAUGGAGACACCAUGACUGUCAUGGAUCCAAAGCAGAUGAACGUUGCUGCCGCUGUUUGGGCCGUUGUCUCUUACGUCGUUGCAGACAUGGAAGAAAUGCUGCCCAGGUCUUAGCAAGUACAAAGAGAGAGGGCACUUUUGUCCUUUCUGGCCAGGAAUCCUGGGUCUGCACCUUCAGGAAGCCUCUCUUCACCUAACAAUGUUAUGCGAUCAUUUACAAAGCACAACACUUUUUUAUACUUCGUGAUAUCAUCCUUCUUGAUGCCUUCCGAACUCUCUGUUUCUAGUCUAGGGAAUGAUCCCCACCCCCACAUGGAAUCAGCAUAUAGUAAGGAUCACAGCAGGGGCAUGUCUUCAUACCACAUAAAAAUAUUAUUUCCACUUUUAAAGUAAAUACUAAAGUAAACCUU